GGUAUUUGAGAAUCAACUAUUCUUUCCAUGAGAGCUGUCCUGAUGAAGAAAAUGGCGCCCCAGCGCUAUUCUCAGCGAAAUUGUCUGACUGUGUUUAUUGCAUACAAAGACUUGGGUUGGUUGUGUCAGGACUCUGAUGAGAAGUGUCUCACCCUAUCCAAACAGAACUUCAUUGCGCAACUGAUGAGACAGUUUCAGCGUUUCAUUACAUCAACUAAUCCUCAAUAUCUAGGAGAACAACAUUUAAUAGAAGAACAAGAACGAUUAACCUUUUAACCUGAACAACAUUAAAAGAAGAACAAGAACGAUUAGCCUUCACUUAAGAAGUUGAAGAAAUAGGUGGAAGCAAGUGAGGAGACACAAGCAAGAGAUCUGCUCCUUCUGCUCAGAGUUGCCAACAGUGAUGCCCAGUUCUACUCUCAGUUUUUCUCGCGAGAACAAGAUGGUGUGCUAGCAUGCCAUCACCAUGCAAAUCGGGCCUCCAUAUUCUCAAGGUGGAAGCAAGUGAGGAGACACAAGCAAGAGAUCUGCUCCUUCUGCUCAGAGUUGCCAACAGUGAUGCCCAGUUCUACUCUCAGUUUUUCUCGCGAGAACAAGAUGGUGUGCUAGCAUGCCAUCACCAUGCAAAUCGGGCCUCCAUAUUCUCAAGAGUUUCCAGUGAAGUAGCCCAAAAUUUGGCCUUUGGAACAAUCGAAUCAUCGAUGCGGAAAUGUAGAAAAUUGAAUUUUCCGAGACUUCCAACUUCUGCCAUAGAUUUUGCUGAUAUGUUGAAGGCAGAGGAGUGGGCUAGAUUCUCAGAAACCCUAGAUGGGAAAAAAUUUUUCAUCGACAACAUUGUGGUUGGAGGGUGGAGCAACUUGGUAUUUGUCUCCGAAAAUACCAAACACCUCCUAUCAACGGCUGAAGAAAUUUUUUUUGAUGGCACUUUUAAAACAGUGCCGUCAGUUCCAGGUCUUGCACAGCUGUUCAUCGUAAAUGCUGUAGCAUUCGACCAUACUGGAUAA